GAGAGCCUCUCCCUUCCUAGCAACACUCUCUCUCUUAACUUGUUCACUCCACGCUACCACAAAAAUUUAAUUCACCCAAACCCUCUCUCUCUCUCUCUAUAUAUAUAUAUAUAAAUUCGGAUUGGAUUGAAACAAGAAGAACAUGAUGAUGAAACAGGGUGCGAGUGAGAACGAGGUUGCUGAAAUCCUCCUUAGCCUCCCAAGUCUUAUUCGGGAAUUUGAGUGUGGCUGUGGAAUCCUACCACCUCCUUCGUGGGGUUGCAAGAGAAAGAGAUCUACGAUUGCCGUUGAUCCUAAAACACUACAAAAAGCAGCUUCAAGUCCUGCCACUCCUCUCUCCUUCUCGCUCAGUGAGUCCGAUGAAAACCCCACCACGCUCGUCAGUAGAAGAAGAAGAAGAAGAAGAAGAAACGUUUCUCUCAAAAGGAAGAGAGAACACUAUCUCAGGAUAAUACAAGAUUUGACCAAAGAUAACGAUUUGCUCCGUGGGGAGAUAAAGAAUGUGAAUGGUUACUGUGACAUGAAGAAGGAGUACAAUUUAAAGUUGAAGGCAAGGAAACAAGAGCUAAGUCAAGGUGGUCUCGUUCACAAGCAAGCACAACAGCAAUUCCAAUUUUCAGGCAUGGCGCAUCAUCCACCGUUGAUCUUGAAUCAGACGGCUGGAUCAGGCCAAAUAAAAGGCGGCGAGGGAGUUGUUGGUCUUGCUCACGCAACGACGUCGUUGGGAGUGGCAUCCUUAAGUAGCAGUAAUAAUGUGGGCCCAGUUGGAAUUCCCGAUCUGAACCUGCCACUCGAUGAGCCCAUGACAAUGGAGUUUUGUGAAGCGUUGGAUAUGAACGUGGCCGAUAAGAAUCUGAGUAGGUCCAUGGCAGCUGCUCAGGCCCGCCAGAAUAGGCUUCAAAAAUACAGGUUCAAGAAUCCAAUUGGAAUUAGUAAACCCCGUUACUCUUGUAGAUGAUGAUAAUUAUAGUAUUAUAUUUGCAUAUACUUUAAUUUGUUCUUCCUUUUAGGUUCUUACCUUCAAAUUCAAUUUUGUUAUUAGCCAAUGCUAAUAGUAUAUUUUUUUUAAUACUAUUAUUCGUAAGGAAGGAAUUGAAUUGGUGUUACUGGUCACAGAAUGUAUAUCCUAAGCUCUCUGGGAGAUUUUGUCCGAUUUAUGUUUCAUGACAAUGAUAAUAACGUUUCUGAUUCCGAGUUUUAAGGCAA